AUGAAAGGGCUGUCCGUUAAUGACAUACUUUCCACAAGAGAAGAGGCUGAGAAGGCUUUAAUAGAUCACGCAGUGCGAAACAAUCUCAACUAUGAUCUUGAGGAGACGCCCAAAUCGAUUUCUGUGCUGUGUAAGGGAAGAGAGGAAUUUGGAUGUGAUGCCAGAAUUGUUGCACAGUUGAGGAAGAAGGAUGGGGUGUUUGUAGUUAAAAGGAUUAGACUGUCCCAUAAAUGCCCGGUAGUAACAUCCAAAUACGGAUCGCCGGAUGAAAUGGUUCGAAUGGAGGUUCAGAAAGCUAUAGGAGAUAGAUAUGCAAGAAUAGGGGAGAUUCUAUCUGUUUUGGCGGACAUGAACAUAAAGAUGGGAUACUUUUCUGUAUGGAAGGCCAUGAGACAAAAUGAUAAGACAGAAAAGGAGAAUAUGGAGAUGAUCUGCGGAGAAGAGGGAGGAAAGGAUGAGCUGUUUGGCCGGGCACUCAAGGAGUUUUCCCAAGAGUUCUUGGAGCUUAAUCCUUGUGCAGUUGCUCAUCAGAAGAAAAAGAUGUUUUUUUUCUCUUUUCCCGAAUAUCUUGAUGUACUUGUUCCAAUAGUGGAGAUAAGAAUAUACAAGAGAACGGAGGGAUUUGCGAUGCUGGGAGUUCUCCGAGAUCCUACAUGGUCACCUAUUGUUUACUCCUGCGCGGUGUCGGACACGGGAAGUCGAGAAAGCACAUUUGAGUAUUUUAUUGAUUCAAUGCCUAAAUUAUUCUUCCUUGUGGACUUUGAUUGCGAGCUUAUAAACAUUCUCAGGAGAAAGGAGAGGGAUUUUUUUGUGAAAACCCGUGAUAUAUGCAAGUUUUACUACAACAAAAAUAAGUCUAUUGAUGGUGUAGAAGACAUCUGGAACAAAUGUAACACCUCCAAGGAAUGGAGCACACCAGAGCUCAACUUUAUGGAAAGAAAACACUACUUGAAGAGCUGCUGCGAAACGGAGAUGCUUGGGAUGCAGAAUACAAGUGAGUGUGAUGCAGAGUUUAUUGGGCUGGGAAUCUUCAAUCUUCCGUUUUUUGAUUGUGUCUGUGCGAUUCUAAAACUUUCCAGUGACAAUCUGAGCCAAAGAAAAAAGGCUAGCUUUGGAGAAGGGAAAGGAAAGGGGUUGUUCGGAAACAAUGUUAUACGAAGAAUAGAGAAGAACACGUCUGUAGAAACAGCGGAUACUUUCUACGAUGUUGAUUUACAGAAUCAGACAUGUACGUGUGGGAAGUUCCAGGAGUUUCUAAUUCCGUGCCCACAUGCUUGCAAAAAAAUACUUGAUUCUGGAGAGGAUCCAUACUUGUAUGUUAGCGAUCUUUAUUCAAAGACAAGACUUCAGGACCUCAAGGAUAUAAUACCAGUGGCCGAUCUACCGGUGAAGUGCCAGUCGGAUCGGAACUUGCUUAAGCGUGGUCCUGGAAGACCAAAAAAGAUAUUGGUCAGAGAGCCUUCUGCUGUUAGAAGCUAG